AAAUACUCGAUUAGGGUAUUGUACUGCAGAAAUCUAUUUAGAACAGUAGAAGUAUGCGAGCCAUAUCUCGCGGCCGCAUAUCACAUGAUAUCGGAGUUGCCGCCCCGUGGCUGGCAACGUGAACCUUUCACCAUCAACACUUCAAGCCAUCUGCUGAAGAGGAGCUGAACAGUGGGGUAUGAGGGCCAGAAAAGAGGGGCACGCGGAGGUUCGGCAGGACUAAAAAAGAAACUGGGAUCGGAAAGAUCGUAACAAUCAAGUUGAAACUGACAGCCCCCAGGCCAAUCGAGGGGAGCGGAGCCCUGGCGUCAUUGCGGCGCGGCGCGUUGCCAUGGCAUCCGCCCGUGUAAACACAGCCUGGACACCGGUCUCACCCACUCACCAGCACCAAGACCCUCACUUCCAUAUCGUCCAUAUCGCUAGUCGAUCCCUCGAUCAUCAUUCGACCGUCUCUUCUUUUUUUCCCUCCCUUCGACGCUUCUUCCUCUUUCAUCUUACACCUCUCAUCCUUUCUUCACCAUCCCCAAUCUCCCAUCCCCCCGACAUAUCCUAUCAACAACGCAUUUCCAUCCAUAUCCUUUCGGCAGAUAGCCGUCUUCAUCACUCGACGACCCGCAUUUCUUAACAAGGGGCCCCAUACCUCCCACACCACCCACGAUGAGCCAAAUGUAUGAUGACCAGUACCAUGCGGCUUCGCGACGCCGCUCUGUGGCGACGCCUCCUCCCAGCAUGACCCCACGACACAGCCGCACUCGCUCUCAAAGCGUGCGAGUGAGCAACGGCACCGCUAGCACACAUACCAGCUUCUCGAGUGCACAAAUGUCGGAAGCCACCAAUAUCACUCAGCCCCCCUCCUACUCUAAAAAAUUUGUGGUCGUUGGAGAUGGUGGGUGCGGCAAGACUUGCUUGUUGAUUAGCUACUCGCAAGGCUACUUUCCAGAGAAAUAUGUCCCGACUGUGUUUGAAAAUUACAUCACCCAGACUACCCACCGGGCAUCCGGGAAGACGGUCGAACUCGCGCUGUGGGAUACCGCCGGUCAGGAAGAAUAUGAUCGUUUGCGCCCAUUGUCCUACCCCGAGACCGACCUUCUAUUUGUCUGCUUUGCCAUCGACUGCCCUGCAUCCCUAGAGAACGUUGUGGAUAAGUGGUAUCCCGAGGUUCUACACUUUUGCCCCACGACCCCAAUCAUCCUGGUUGGCUUGAAAUCGGAUCUGCGCAAUAAGCGAACAUGCAUCGAACUCCUCAAGACACAAGGCCUGACUCCCAUCACACCGGAACAAGGCCGAGGUGUGGCCCAGCGAAUGGGUGCGACCUACGUGGAGUGCAGUAGUAAGGAGAUGCGAGGCGUCGACGAGGUAUUUGCCCAGGCUGUGGAUACCGUGGUUGAAAUUGAGGAAGACGGCUACGUCGCCCAGCCGACGAACAAUCGCAACAGCGGCAAGCCUUCUGCAGGGGGAGGAGUUCGGCCCGGCAAGAAGAUCAAGAAGCGCAGCUGCAAGAUCCUAUAACCGCCCCUCCUCCUCUCUUAACCGUCUUCCUUCUUGACCAUUCUUACCCUUCCCUUCUCCCUCCUGGUCCGAUCAAAUGCCUGGUUGCCUUAUCGGCUUGCUUGCCUGCUCCUGUGGAUGUGCCAUGUCACCGCAAGCUGGACAAAGCUGGACAUGAACUGCAAAAAAUGACUCUUGGUGUCUUGGAUCGCUGUGCGCCCCCCUCGACUGAUCUGUGGCGGUUUUCUUUCGCAAUUCGACAGAUAUCCCGGAAUAACUGUAUCCUUUUUUGAUUUUCUUUCUUCUUUUCCGCCCCCUGUCUUCUCAUGACCACUGUGCUUUUUAUUCUCCCUUUGACUCUCAUGACUCGAGUCUUUGCCGCUUCGGCAUGCAUGGGACUGGUGUUUUUCCUUUAUGUUAUCUGAUAUGCUCCGUUGGCGAUAGCGACCUUCCUAUGUUACUGAAACAAUACAAUGGGAUAUUUGAUGUUCAACAAGAA